GUCAGGAUGCGGGGCCAUGCCCAGAAGUACUGGGGGCAGCAUGGGUGUGGGCUGAUGGGGUUCUAAUCCUGCAGCUGCAGGACGGUGGGCAGGUCACUACGCUGGCUGGAGCCACCUCUCUUCCUGACUGCAGGGCCUGGCUUGGAGGAGCACUGGGCAAGGGGCUGUACACAGGCUCUGACUUCUCUCUCCCCCACCUUCCAGGGUCUCUCGUUCAUCACCUUCAUCUGCUAUGUGGCAUCCUCAGCAUCUGCCUUCCUCAUGGCGCCCCUGCUGGAGUUCCUGCUGGCCCUCUACUUCCUCUUUGCUGAUGCCAUGCAGCUGAAUGACAAGUGGCAGGGCUUGUUCUGGCCCAUGAUGGACUUCCUACGCUGUGUCACAGCGGCCCUCAUCUACUUCGCCAUCUCCAUCACAGCUGUCGCCAAAUACUCGGAUGGGGCUUCCAAAGCAGCUGGGGUGUUUGGCUUCUUUGCCACCAUUGUGUUUGCAAUUGACUUCUACCUGAUCUUUAAUGACAUGGCCAAAUUCCUCAAACAAGGAGACUCCGCAGACGAGACCGCAGCUGACAAGGCAGAAGAAGAGAAUUCUAAUUCUGACUCUGACUAAAGGGCUGACCUGCCCUGGCAGCUUGAGCCACACGGGCCUCCGCUCCUGCUUCUGACCAGGCUGGCCGGAGCAUGGCCAGGGGAUCGUGUGUGUUGGCAGGGAGCCUGUGACUUCUCAAGCAGCAGCUGGAGUUGCUGACAGAGCGGCCUCCUCACAGCCCGAACGUGGCAUUCCUGAGCCCAGUAUACAAGAUGGCACCCUUUGGCUUAGCACUGUUCAAUCUCCCUGCUCAUGAGAGCAUUGUGAAUAUUCUGCCACUUCUCAUUUCUGUCCUACAAACCUUAAGUCCUUUAACCUCUCCACCAAAAACAAGCACAAAGGGACAAAGCAGAUGGAGCCUUGUUACUGCAUCAUUGGAAGCGUUUCAUGCUGGGGGGCACGGGUGGUGGUGCACAAAGAAGGCAGAAACCAGCUCAGGGUCAGCCCGCCAGGCCCCAGUGGUUUCUAUCUGCAUUUGGUGCCCCUGCUCAUGCCACUUUGUCGAGAAUGAUACCGCCAAGAUUCUUUUGUUCAAGGAGCACCAGUUCCCUCUUCAUUCUUGAAGCAGGGAGAAAACUGACCUUUGUCCUAUGACCUAGGAGAGAGUGGGUCCCAAUGCCCAUAACUGACACCCCACAUCCUUGGAGACCACAUCUUCUUCAGGUGAUGUGACUGUUCUGGAUCUAGACUAUUUCAAAGUAAAGCUUGUAGACUAGCUUACCAUGUCCAAAAAAAUCCAGGGCUUCAAACAACAAAGUAGCAGUGACAGCCCCAGGGGCAGCUGGGCAGGCCCAGCAAAACCCGCUCUUUCCCUGGGUCCGAGGGCUGUCAGCAGGCGAGGGGCCCUCGGGCCUUCAGGACACUGUGCUUGUAGACACCAGAGCAGGUGUCUGACUCUCACGAGAGGUGAAAUGUGCCUUCUGUGUUCACCUAACGACCUUAUGCUGUGCAUGUAUCUUCAAUGUCAUUUUGCAAAUUUAUAUAUAAUUUUCUUUUUACACAAAAGCAGCUUCUUAAAUGGCAUUUCCUGUGACCCUAGAGGCCUCAUGAAUGAGCCAAGUUCUGGACCUAUCUUUUGGGCAUUUGUAACCUUUGUUCUCUUGCAUGUGAAUCUCCUACCUUGAAAAAAGCCAUAAUGGAUUAAACCAAACUGACUUCCUG